AUGCUCUCAAGCUGCCAACGCUUGGGCGACCCGCUCGGCGUCGAGCGACGUGCACCCGCCACUCGGCCCCGCGCCUCGAACUCGCCAGAGUGCUCCGGCAUCGCCCUUCCCCGAACCCCUCGAAGACAAGCACUCUUCACCUGGACGCAGCUAUGCGACAUCAUCUCGACCGGACGUCUGCACGACCUACGCCGUCACCCCGACGACGUCGAGGCCUACUCCUGCUGGCGUCGCCGCGUCGAAAGCGUCUACGGAACAGUGCAGCGAUACAUUCUCGAGCGCAAGAUCACCGCGCCCCGGCUCGUCGCCGCGUCGGCUGUAGCGCAGGGGGACAUGGACAAGCCGUACUUCCACGCCGACAUGGUCGAUGGUCGUGAUUGCCAGGUGCUCCUCAACGACUGGCCUUACAGCGUCCCAGAGGAGCUGCUUCCCGACGGGCCGAUCAAGGAACAAUCAUGGACGACGAUGCGACAGCGUGGACUCUGUGGAACCAUCUCGGGAGCCAAGCUCGCCACGCCCGGCCUCGAAUCGUUUCCCGAUCUCUGCUCCUCCGCGACCGCAAAAGCGGCAGGCGAAGUCGUCGACCUGCUCCGAGGCGCCACGAUGCCCCUCGUCGAUUUCAUCCGACGCACCUGGGACCUCAGCUGCGUCGACGUCGCCUUUUUUGCCAAUCCGCCCCGGCUCCAAUCCGUGCCGCAGCUCCCUCAUUUCCAUGUCCUUGUCAGAGAGCGCGGCUCGAUGUGA